GCGCCCCCCCCCGGCGCCGCCGCAGCCCCGCGCAUAUAGGGCCGCUCCGCCGCUCGGGCCGCGCCGCUGCCGCUGCUCCAGGCAUGGCACAGGGCUCUACCUCACUAUGGCAGCAGCAGCGCGGCACAGCACCCUGGACUUCCUGCUCGGCGCCACAGCUGAUUGUAAUGCCGUUCUUAAAGCUCUACAGCCCAUUUUUCAGGAGCAGGGAAUGACAGAAACAGUUCAUAACUGGGAAGACCAUGGUUAUUUAGUAACCUACAUCAAAAAAAAUGGCAGUUUUGCCAAUUUGAGAAUUCACCCUCAUGGACUGGUGUUGGUGGAUCUGCAGAGCUACAAUGAUGACAUGAAAGGAAGAGAAGAAGUUGAUCAGCUUCUAAACAAAGUAGAAGAAAGAAUGAAAGAGUUGAUUCAUGGUAACAUAAAAAGGGUGAAACGGUUGCCAGCCAUUUUGAGAGGAGGUGUUAUUGAUAGAUACUGGCCCACAGCUGAUGGGCGCCUGGUGGAGUACGACAUAGAUGAAGUUGUUUAUGAUGAAGAUUCACCUUUUCAGAAUAUUAAAAUUCUGCAUUCAAAACAGUUUGGGAAUAUUCUUAUUCUCAGUGGGGAUGUUAAUUUGGCAGAGAGUGACCUGGCAUAUACUCAAGCCAUAAUGGGCAGUGGAAAGGAAGAUUACACUGGGAAAGAAGUGCUAAUCCUAGGAGGUGGUGAUGGAGGUAUACUCUAUGAGAUAGUCAAACUGAAGCCAAAGAUGGUUACUAUGGUAGAGAUUGACCAAAUGGUGAUUGACGGGUGUAAAAAACACAUGCGGAAAACGUGCGGAGAUGUCUUAGACAAUCUGAAAGGAGACUGCUACCAGGUUCUAAUUGAAGACUGUAUUCCUGUACUGAAGAGGUAUGCCAAAGAAGGAAGAAUGUUUGAUUAUGUAAUUAAUGAUCUGACAGCUGUUCCAAUCUCCACAUCUCCAGAGGAAGAUUCCACAUGGGAAUUUCUGCGGUUGAUUCUUGACCUCUCAAUGAAAGUCCUGAAACAAGAUGGAAAAUACUUCACACAGGGAAACUGUAUCAAUCUGACUGAUGCCUUGACUCUGUAUGAAGAACAGCUUAGCAGGCUUUAUUGUCCUGUGGAGUUUUCAAAAGAAACUGUGUGUGUUCCCUCCUACAUGGAAUUAUGGGUAUUCUACACGAUUUGGAAGAAACAGACUAACAUCUGAACAUCAAGAUUAUUUGAGAUGAUCCUAAAUGUACAUGCUGCAUGGAGCAUAUAGGCCUGCCACAUGCUGCAUAUUGGCAUCUUGAACCUUUAAAUUAUAUGCUGUAGAUGAUCCUGAAACUUAGUCAUGCUAUUGAUUGUGAAUUCUUUAAAUGUUUUUUAUUAUUAUUUUAAUUUAAAAGCAAAUGGAAAAUGUAUAUUUUGACGAGCUAGGGUGUUAUUUUUGAAAGUCAACUUAGAUGAAUAAGCAGCAAAACUAUAUAGCUGCUGUCUGCACUGAACCUUUAGAAUGUGAUCCUUUUUAUUUUUUUGUAGAUCUUCUCAAACUGGUUGAUUAAAAAAGACAUCUUUAGCAUUUCAUCCCUGAA